UUUAAUAGACCCGCCUUUGUCUUAUCUUACGAUUAUAAGGAUGUUCGUUUAAAUAUUUAUUUCAAAGUGCUUUAGGCGGUACAAGAUGUGGCUUAUGUAUUGGGCUAUAUUGGCUUCCCUCUACGGGUGCACCCAUGCUCUUAAAUCCACCACAGGAAGGGAAUUUGUUACUGGAUUUCUGAGCUUUCAUCCUGACAGUAACUUAACACUAGAUAUUGCUGCCAGUACCAAUGGCGAUGUUCAAAUAAACGUCCCAUAUCUGGGAAUAAAUGCCACCUACUCUUUCAAUAGAACAUUCUCAACUACGCUCAACAGUAGUCUUCAGCUUUACGGCACUAAGAUUGAACAUAACGGCGUUUAUAUUAAAUCAUCAGUUGAUAUUUCGGUUUACAUGUCCACACAAUAUUAUAAUGGCGAUCAUUUUACAUCCAGUGAAGACACUUACUUGGGUCUCCCUGUUCAAUCGCUUGAAAAAGAAUAUUAUAUUGCCAGUUAUAUGUCAUUGCAUGGAUAUCCAUCACUAUUUAUGGUGAUAGCAGCGUUUGCGAAUACUGAGAUUAAUAUAUCAUAUUCAAACGGCAAAUCGAUAUCAAAAACACUGAACUGGUUGGACGUCUAUCAGGAAAUGUCCUCGGAGAACGAUCUCACUGGCACUAUCGUUCGGUCAAGUAAACCCGUAUCUGUUGUAAGCGGGACGUCUUGUACGCAUGUCCUUCGAAUCAACACUUAUGGGUGUGAUAUGGUUGGUGAACAAAUGAUUCCAACGAAAGCCUUUGAAAAGCAUUUCAUCAUCCCGCCAAUCCUAUCCAACCAAUUCAUGGUUCGUAUUUUCAGUAGUCAAAGUAAUAACACGGUAUGUGUAAAAGACUCAUUGUUUGAAAAGUGCACAACGAUAGGGGCACAUCAAUGGUUGGAAUCUGUACCAUAUAGUUCGACCUUAGUUGUCACUAGUCAAGAACCGAUAUCCGUCAUACAAUACAAAGAGAGUGAAGGGUACAUGACAAUAAUUCCGGGUAUUCGUCAAUUUAUGAAUUCGUACUCUUUUGUUGCACCAGAGGCCUCUCAAGACCAUAAUAACUAUAUUUCCGUUACCAUUCUCUCUUCUGCAUCGCAAACGCUUCGUCUAGAUGGCAAACCACCCAGACAACUUGUUGGAACUUCUAACGUGCAGCCUCCAUUUAACAAUUAUACAGUCGUCACGUUCAACAUUACCGCAGGGUACCAUGUGAUGAUAUCGACAGAAACUCAUAUUACUUUCGGAUUGAUUGUUUUUGGAAUUGGGAAGCUUGCCGCAUACGGUUAUCCUGCUGGGAUUAAAUUUGAAAUCGAUGAAUGUGCAUCAAACCCCUGCAUGAAAGGUGGCACGUGUUUAAAUGUUGUAAACGGUUACACAUGUACAUGUCAAGCUGGCGUUAGUGGACGAAACUGUGACACCGAGAUUAAUGAAUGUGCAUCCUCACCAUGUCUUCACGGUGGUACAUGUUCAGAUGGUGUUCACGCUUACACGUGUACAUGCUCAGCUGGCUUCAGUGGGAGGAAUUGUGAAACCAACUCCAACGAACAGUUGAUAUGCUACAGUUGUGAAGACAUGUCUGACCUUGAACUCUGUGAUACAGUAAAGAAAUGUGGUGACGGAGAAGUGUGUGUGGUAGAGCGAAAUCAUGCAAAGUACAGGUCGGGAUGUGCCAAUAGUUCGAUUUGUUCGACGUAUUAUCCAAGCUCAAGUAAAUGUUCAGAAUGUUGCAAUAACGACUACUGCAAUGGACGUGGCUGCGGGGAUGAAGGUUUAGUAUCAAGGCAUGAACGUGGCCCAUUGUGCUAUGACUGCAAUCACGUUCGAACCAUUCAGCAAUGUACGUCCAUUAGACCGUGUAAUAAACACCAGUCAUGCAGUAUCGAGGAAUUUGAAUGGCUGGAUCACACACACUUUAAGCUUGGAUGUGAGGAUUCACCGUGCAGCGCUAUCGGAUUGCAACGUUCCUUGCCGCGCUGCAAAUCAUGUUGUGACCAAGACUUUUGUAACACCAACUGCACACAUCACCAAUCCAUAGGCAUAAUUGGGUGACACGGCGACCAUCUGACCGAGCAUUGAGAGUCUUUAUUGACCAUGCCUAUGAAUUGUACAGACGUGCAUAUUAAAAGAUUAAAAGUUCACUAUAAAA